GUGAAUCAUCUACCAUGUUGGGAUUAUACACAGUUUUUUCGUGCCUUAUUGUCUUCACACUUGCUGGCAGUAAAUCGAUAGUACUGAGUGGUCAUGGUGGAGAUUCAGGAAAAUAUUCUUCAGGCGCUGAACUAACUAGUUUGGCACACAGCUCGGCCAUCCAAGCCAAAACGGCAAUUCAAAAUCAACAAACCGCCGCCAGUCAAGCUGCGUUUGGAGCUCAGAGUAACUUGGCUCAAAUUGCUUUGGGCGCUGCCUCAACUGCGCAAGCUGCCCUGGUCGGUAAACAAGCCAUUGUUCAAGGUUUGAAGAGACAACUUAUUGAUGCACAAUCCCAUCUUCAAGCUGAAAUCGCUCAAUACCAACAAACUCAAGAAGCCGCCGACGCAGCAAGCCAAGCAGCAGCUCAAUCGCAAUCUCAACUGAACACCAUCACCGCCGCCGUAGCUGCAGCUCAAGGUAGUGCUCAAUACGCACAGGAAGCUGCUACCGCUUUCGCCAACGCUGCUGCUUCUCAACAUCAGAUGGUUAUCGAGGCUAAGCAAAGAUUGUCUCAAUUGACUGAAGAACUGAACUCUGCUUUAGGUCAACUUGCUUCCACGGAAGCUGCUGCUCAAAAGGCACUUUCGGCAGCUCAAGUAGCUCAGUCUAACGCAGCUGCUGCUGGUGCUGCCGUAGCUGUGGCUGCAGAAGGUUCUUCUGUGUCAGAUUAUGAUCAUAAAGAUUGGUAAAAUUGGAAUUGUCGAUUUUGAUUAAAUUGUGAUCUAGGAUUUUAAUAAAUUAUGAAAA